CACGCCAGGAGCCGGCCCAAGGCGUUCGUUAUAAAUAAGUAUUAUGCCUCCGGAUGGUUCUCGAUCAUUUAUGUUUGCGGCGGUGCUUGUGCGCGAUUGUUAGAGAACAGCUUCGUUAUGUACUUGGACGUGUUUAAAGUGUUGCUCGUGUUGGCCUGUGUCUCCGGAUCACUAUUGCAGGAAUUGGAUGAGAUUGAUUUCGACGAAGGAGACGAAGAUUACAAUGAAGAGGCCCCGGACGAGAACCGAGAAACCUGGUGGGAGAUGUUCACAAACGUCUUCGGCAGCGGGACACAAAAUGGAGAGCAGGAUGAAGAACUCGUCGCGAUAGAUCAAGAGAAGUGCGCCAAAUGUAGCUGUGGAAUCCCGAACAAACAGCAACGCAUCGUGGGUGGACAGACAACCUACGUGAACUAUUAUCCAUGGAUGGCUCAUCUUCUUUACCGCAACAAAUUUUACUGUGGGGCAACUCUCAUCAAUUCAAAAUACGCACUCACUGCUGCUCAUUGCGUUUACGGAUUUGACAAGAAGAACAUAGUAGUCCGGAUCAAGGACCAUGAUAGGUCAUCGCAAAACGAAACUUAUCACAUCGAUCGUAAAGUGAAAACGGUUAUAAGAUACAAAGGCUACAGUCCGAGUACCUACAACCAUGAUAUCGCUCUAUUACGCCUGGACGAGGAGGUUCAAUGGAACGAGCUUCUUCGACCUGUCUGUCUCCCACGACCAGGACUAUCAUACACGGGCCACGACGGGAUUGUGACUGGUUGGGGUGUAACAAAGCAAGGUGGACAGGUUUCAGAUACCCUGCAAGAAGUGAAAGUGCCUAUCAUGUCAAACUCUGAGUGCAAGAAAACCAAGUACGGAGAGAAGAGGAUAACAAACAACAUGCUUUGCGCCGGCUAUCCAAAGGGCGAAAAAGAUUCUUGUCAGGGAGAUAGUGGAGGACCUCUGCAUGUACAAAACGACACUUACUAUCACAUUGUCGGGAUCGUCUCUUGGGGAGAGGGCUGCGCCCAAGAAAACUACCCUGGCGUUUAUUCUAGAGUGAAUCGCUACCUCACUUGGAUCAACAACAACACACUUGACACAUGUUCCUGUGGUUAUUAUUAGUACAAAUAGCACCAACACGCACCCUCAGUACAAACGAAGCUGUCUCUCUCAUCACCCGCGAAAAUCUCUUCAUGCGAUCGAAGCCAAAAUUACAUCCGCAAAAAAUCCGACCGGCUCUGACAACAUCAUCCCCCGAAUGAAACGAUGACAAACAUAAAUUCGCAUUAUAAAUCAAGCGAGACGAAAAGAAAAGAUAUCCCGAAUACUACAUAAUGCUCGUUAAGUUAAAACUUUUAAGAAGGUAUUGUUAAUUUACAAAUGUGACCGCAGAUUCAAACUUUGAUUCAUGACAAAUUCAAGACUUCACAAUGCCGUGAAGUUUCAGUUCAUUUUGUAAAAAUGUAUUUUGAAUAUUAUGCAUGAAUGUAUAAAAUCGUAAAUUGUAACUUAAAUAAUUUUUUCAGUUCAAUAUAUUAUCUAUAAAAAA